CCUCUGCUGGAGGACACUGUGAAGUACACACUUAUUGUUGUUAUGAUCAGCUGACAGGAGUUUAUCUGUCUUUUCUCUGCAGCUGUAAAUCUGAACGGAACCAACCUGCUGAGUUUUACUCAUCAUGUUUUCAGUCUGCAGCUCCUCCAGGAUUUAACAGCGAGCUGCUCCUCAUCAGCCUGCUGCAGCACCUGAAUGAGUCGGCCGUGACAUGGGGAGGUAUUUCCACAGUGAGGUCGACAUUAAGAGUCCGUGGCAUCAGGUGCUGGCUGCCUUCUGGCAGCGCUACCCGAACCCUUACAGUGCCCACGUCCUCACUGAGGACGUCCUGUACCGUGAGGUCACCCCCAACAACCACCUGUUGUCACGGCGACUGCUGACCAAGACCAACCGGCUGCCGGGCUGGGCGGAGCGCGUCUUCCCUGCUCACAUGGCCCGGGCCGUCUACGUCCUGGAGGACUCCAUCGUCGACCCGCAGACGCACACGCUCAUCACCAAGACCUGGAACCUGAACCACAACACGCUGAUGACGGUGGUGGAGUGCUGUUUGUUUGAGGAGGACCGCAGUCGGCCAUCUUGGACCAAACUAAGGAGGGAGGCCUGGAUCCUGUCUGCUGUCUACGGCCUGGCCCGACCCAUACAGGAGUUUGGACUCGCCAGGUUUAAAAGUAACCAAGCCAAAGCCAUGAAGGGGCUGGAGUACGCUCUGUCCAACAUGCAGAUAGCUGAGGCCCCGCCUCAUCUCCACGGCGACCAGGGAGAGUCGUCAGAGAAGCACAAGCCCCUCCCACCACAGGCCACACCCACCUCCACCCAGAAGCCCAAGCAGUUUGUUUGAACUUCUUCCUCUGCUGUUAAAUAGAAAUCCUGCCUCCAUAGAUAAUCAGGAUAAUCAGUACGAAGGGGGCGGGGCAACAACUCCACCUCAGCUGUGAUUGGUUGCAUUGUGAUGUCAGUCUUCACAGGAAGAGUGCUGCUUUUUAAUUUGACUGAAAUGAUGAAUGAACUACAAUCAUUCCCAGAAUCCCUUGGGACUGAUUUACACUGUCGUCCUGAUUGUUAUUUUAAAUUCUUUUAUUUGAUUCAGUUUUUUUCCUUUUUCAGUUGAAUCUGUAGUUUUUAAUUUUUAGGCAGUUGAGGCUUCUGUAUUUAGAACGAUAUCUAGAAAUCUCUUUAUUAGGAAAUAAACUUAACAAUAGUCAGAAUUUCUUCUGCAGGAUUUCAGUUUUUCUAAUGUUAAAUAUUCUGACAUUUUAAAACAUUUGCAUUCAUUUCCUUUUAUAGUAACUUUUUUAUUUUAAUAUUAACUUUUUUCACUAUGAAUUAUUUUAAUAAUUAACUAUUUUGCUCUCACUUUGUCAUUUUGCAAAUGUUUCACUGCUGAUUAUAUUUUAAAAUCAUUACAUUUUAUUUUCUGUAUUUUUUUCUAAGUUAUUAUUUUUAUAUUUGUUUUUUUAUUUUGUAUUGUUUUAUUCAGAUUCAGUGAUUUUUUUUCUAAUUUUCUUUGUCAUUCUUCAAAUGUUUCCAUGAUGAUUUGAUUUUGAAAUCAUUACAAUUUAUUUUUAUUGUUUAUAUUUACUUUUAAAAAUUAUGUUCUUAAUUAUUUUAUUUAAUAAUGAGGGGUUUUUUUUCAGUCAUUUUGCUGAAAGAAUUUUAAAACUGUUACAUAUUAUUUUGUAUUUUUGUAGCCAAUCAGAAAAUGAAGCAUUAUAGCAAUAGAUUUAUUUCUGUACAUUAAUGUUGCAUCAGAUCAGAUCUGUGGUCAGUUUAGAGCAGAGUUAUUAUAGUUUUGUAUUUUUAACAUUUAAACUGUUGAGCUUUUAUUAGCUUGAGUAUUUUUGUUUUUAUUAUAACAUGGGGGGAGUCAGCAGGCAGAUUAAAGAAGUUCUUAUUUUUAUUUUAUUUUAUUUUAGUUUGAAUAAUAUCACUUCAGUUACCUUCCUUUUCUUUUAAGUCUUUUUCAUUUAUUUUUACAUUGAGAGAACUAAAAUGUUUUUCACACCUAGUUUUAGCUUUUAGUUUGAGUUCACUAUAAUAACUGGUUUAGUUAGACGCAUGUUUCCUGCGGUCAUGUGACCAGCUCAGCAGCACGACGCCCUCUGGUGGUCAGACCCUGAUAUUACACUGGUUACUGUAGCAACAUCAUCAACUCAAUAAAUGACUGUUAUGUUUUGUAAACACCUCA